AUGGAACGUAUGGAAGACAGGGAAGACAGUGUCCGGGCAAAAGUUGCGGGAUGCCUUGCGUUGCUCUGUGCCCUGGACGACGAUCCAGACGACGAAACGGAUCUUGCGUACAAGGCUCUAUUUGACGCGUUGUCUUACGAUCCCAAGGCUGAAGUCCGGAAGGCAGUCUUGUGCUCCUUAGCAAUCGACAAAGGCACCUUUCCGCAUAUCCUCGACCGACUACGUGACCGAGAUGAAGCGGUACGGAAAGCUGUCUACCAGAACGUGUUGAAAGCCAAGAUCAGCAAUGUAAAGGACGAAGAAAAGGAAAUGGGACCUUGCCAUCCGACGAAACUCAACCGGAAAGAUUGCCUCGAGAUUCUGAAGAAUGGACUUCGCGACCGCGAUCCGUCUGUUUGCACUGCUGCGGAGUUGUUAGUGAAGGAGUGGAUUCACGAGUUCGAAGAGCUGGAAGGUGUCAAAGACGAGCCUGAUACCGAACAAAAGCGUGUCGAGGCGCCGAUAACUGCCCUUCUGGGCAAAUUCAGACUUCUGCGGACAUCUUCCGCCAAUUUGGAGGUGCUCGCUACCAUGGUGAAGUGCAUCUUCAAAGUUCGACAGGACAUCUUUGACGCAAUUCAAUUUGGGGACAGGGAAUACUGGGACAAGUUUGUCGAGCCUGAAAACGCAUUCGUGAUGCGCUCGUUUGUCGAGUAUUGCGUGGAGAACAAGCGGACGAACCGGGUGGACGAGGUGCUACCGACAGUGUCGGAGCUGGCGGACAUCAUCGAGAAACGGCAUAAGGCCCUCCCGGAACUCUACACCGACGACGGGCCAAAACCGACCUACCGUGCUCAGGAGUUUAUUCUCAAAGAAUUGCUCAAGCUCGCUCCCCAUCUCGAUUUUUCUGAUCACAGGGGCUGCCGGAAAAUGCAAGAUUGCAUGAGGGGGAUGAUCGACGAGUACCUCACCGAGACGUUGACCGCUCUAUGCAUGGACGUGUUGUAUUCUGUGACGGUCAACGAGCGGGACUUCAUUCGGAUUGUGGUCGACCUCAUCCACGAAAUCCGGGAUCGAGAGGGAGAAGUUGAUGGAUCACCUGACACGCAAGAUGCAGAGUCUAGUUCUGGGAGCACCCAACGAGUACCUCGCAAGGACCUGCUUCAGAGGCCACGGAACGAGAUGCCGCGAUUUACGAGGGAGCUCUUGAACGAGAUCGACCUGACAUGCCUCUUCAUAUGUCGCAGUAUGCUCGAGCGUGUCCAGGAGCCAGUCAGGCAUUACUCGAUUUUGAACGCCAUUAUCCAAGACGUUGUAGUCCCCAUCCUCACCAACGCCCAAAACUUCAUCAAUGCGGACGAGAACGCAAAUUCGCCCGAGUACGAGAUACAUGAGAGGCUGUUUGAGAACAGCUUGCUUUGCUUGAGUUUGGCGUCUUUGGUUUACGAGGAACUCGCCGUGCACACCUUUGAGCGAUUCGCGAAGACCAUCGACAAGGAAGGUUUAUCGCAUAGUGUGAGGAUGAUAAUCCUGCAGGCCAUCUUUGAUUUGGUGCUACGGUACGGGGCGAAGGUUAUCCCGCCGGAACGGAAGGAGAUCACGCUUGAUGACAUUGGAAAGACGCUUGUCGAGCAGGUUUCUCGACAGUCGGACCAUCCGGAGACAUUGGCGGUUGUGUGUCAGGGUUUGGCAAAGUUGAUUUUGCCGGGGGUUAUUCAGGAUCCUAGUGCUGUCAGCGAGCUUUUUAGGAUGUUGAUCCUGCCUGAAACUGCGGACAAUCAACCUCUUCGUCAGGGAUUGCAGUAUUUCUUCCAGAUGUAUAGUUUCUCAAAGAAGGGGCAUCAGGAGGUUAUGAAGGAUAUCUUCAUGGGUAUCUUCAAAGAACAAGCAUUGAAGGAACGGAGCGAUGAUGAUGAGGAAGAAGAAGUGGUCUCCUUGCCGCGGUUGUGUGAGAUGUUCGAAGCGUAUACGAACCCGUUGAGGCUGAAGGAUUGCGUUAAGGAGGACGAAUUGGUGGAUUGGAAUGUCCAGUUGCAGCUUAUGAAAGACAUGCUCAUGGCGGUUGCAAAGGACACUGAGCUGAAGAAGGAGCACAGAAAGGUUUUACUGCAGAGUGUGGCAAGGAUGACCCACCCAGCGAACCUUCCCGACGGCGAGAAGGUGGACGACUCGAGGAUGUAUGAAGUUAAGAUUGUGAUUGAUAAAAUCAGGCUGGCCCGACUACCCCAAGACGCCGUCUCCAGAAACGCGUUCAACAAACUCGAAGCCAACUUUACGGCCAAAUAUAAGUCUCAGCUGGAGGGCUUGAAAGAUGAUGAGAUGCGCCAGUUGGAGUCGUUGGUGGACUUCUUUAGGGACGUGGAUAGUAUUAUGGAGGAUGAUGGGGAUACCUCUGGGGCGGACUUUGGUGGGCCUAGGACGAGAGGUCAGAAGAGGCGCUCGAUGAGUAUGGCAACAACCAACAGUGAUAUGGAGGACGUGAAGCCUGUCAUUGAGGAUCUUGAUCCUCCGAGCAAACGACGACGCGUAUCCAGAGCUGACGAGGAGUCGGAGGAUCAAUCGGCCAUGGGCACCCCUGAGUUCGAAACCCAAGGAAGAGCUGAUGAUCCAAUAGUUAUUAGCUCGGACGAGGAAGACGAGACGGAAGAACCUCCUGUGCAAGCACGGCGGAGAGAGCCAGAGGUGAUAGAUCUGGUUGAUGAUGAGGAUGAAGAUGAAGAUGAAGAGGAGAGGGUUGAUCGGUCCCUUUCGCGGUUAUUGAGUGCUAAGGGUAGACCCUCUGAUUGGGCUCGGGGUGGUCGGGGAGAGGAAGAAGAAGAGAACGGGGAAGACAGCGAGGAACCCUGGGACUCGAUUAUGGAUGAUACGAUGCCUCCUGAAGACUCUGAAGAAGAGGAAGAGGAGGAACAGGGCCACGAGCAAUAUGAGGAGUAUGAAGAUGAUGACCAGGCGGCAAUGGAGCGUGACGUGGGGGCCGAAGGUGGGCGGGAUGUUUCGGGAGAGUGGGAAGAGGAGGAUGAAGAGGAUGAGAUUCUACAGUCGCUGCUUGCACCGGAUGAUUGA